AUGCCGUGCCGUGCCUCACUCAGGACCAAUGGCUUGCUGCCAAGCGCCUCCGGCUGCCAGUACGUCUGUGCCAAGAAGGAGUACGAGCUCGCGCUUCAGGACAUUCAGCGCCCGGAGCUGGCGCCGCUCCUGGCCAAGGCCAAGGAGGGCGAGCUGCUGGAGCUGCUGGCCCUGGGCAGCGACGGCUGGGCCUUCGGCCGCCCGCUGGGGGAGCCUUUGGCCUUCGAGCGGCGCGAGGCGGGCGCCUUCCGCCUGGAGUGGGUUCGGGCAGUCUUCUUGCGCUUUUCCGGCGGGCUGCGGCGGCUGGACACGGACAGCAGCACGCUGCACGAGCACUUCUAUGCCGAGCCCCCCAGCUGCUUCUACAGCAGGUUCCAGGCCAGCGCGCGGCGCCGCUGCCUGGCGCGGGCGGCGGAGCUCUGGGGAGAAACCGAGGCCCACGAGGCCUCCAACGUGCCCACCAAGGAGGUCGCGCGCGCUGAGGUCUACGCAGCUCUCUCGGCGCUGCGCGCUGAGGAUACGAUGCAGGAGCAGGCUCCAGGACCACAUGAUCGAUCGCUUGCAGAAGUGGUGCUCGAUGACAUCCUGAAAGCCAGCCCGGAGCUUUCGCAGGUGGGAAAUCCGUUGCCCAGCCCGGAGCCGCCUCCUGGCCUGGAGCGAGGGGAGAGCUCCUCGAGCUCCGAGCAGCCCACGACGCUGGAGGCCCACGACGCGGACGACGACGAAGGCAGCCCAGCCCGCAAGCAGCGCUCCAAGAAAAGCCGCAGGAAGCGCCUGGAGCGAGGCACUUCCGACAGCUUGGAAGGCGAGCACAGCCCUAGGCCACGGCCGGAAGAUAGGCCUGAGCCACGGCGGCGCACGCUGUGGAGUUUGCUACAGGCCAACAGGACCGGCAAGCUGAAGACGCUGGUGGAGAACCUGCGAAGGGAGCAGCAGGACAUGGUGCGCUCUGCCUCGGAGCUUCAAGCGCUGAAGGAGAAGUUCAAGGUGGCCUUGCUGGGCGCCCACCGCACCGGCCAGCUGCACCACGUGGCCGGGGAGCUGGCCACCGAGGUGGAGCGCCGCGCGGACGACUUCCAGCGGCUGAAGGAGCGGGCCCUGGAGAGCCUGCUGCGCAUGAAGCGCGCCGGGAAGCUGGACGUGCUGGCGGAGGAGAUGCGCAGCGCCAGCGAGGCCGCGCCCGCGGAAGCGGCCCAGUCCGCCUCCAGCGACGACCGGGACUCCGCGGAGCGGGCGCGGCCGCUGCCGGCGAAGCAGCGGGUGCUGCAGAGCCUCUUGGAGAUGAAGCGCUCGGGGGAGCUGCAGCUGCUCGCCGAGGAGAUGGACGUGGCCCAGAAGGAGUUCGAGGCGAAAGCGGCCCAGUUCCGGGAGAUCUCCAACCGCAUGCGGCAAAGCAUGGUGAACGCCAAGCGCUCCGGAGAGCUCGAGCGCCUGGUGGGGGAAAUGACCGAAGUCCUGGAGACCCAGGCGGAGAGCAUCCGCUCACGUGUGCGCAAAGGCAUGCUGAGGGCGCACCGGCGUGGGGAGCUGCAAGAUUUGCGCCAGGAGUUGGACGAGCUGGCGGAUGAGGUGCCCUCGAUGCCUCUGGCCAGCGCCAGGGGUUGGACGCGCUGGACCGAGAUGAGCAGCGACUCAGACCUGGAGCCAACCCGUCGCGAGGAGGACCUCUCAGGCAGCAACGAGGAGAGCGACGCCGAUGCCAAGGCGGCUGCUGCCUCCAGCUGGCAGGCGGCAGCGACCAAGCCACGCAAGCGAUGGGCGGACAUGACCACCAGCAGUGACUCAGAUCUGGAUCCUGGCCAAGCAGGGAGGGCGGUUCCCUCGCGCUUCGCAAUGCCCAAGGCGGCCGCGAAGAGAAACGCCCGGCCAGGUGCGGCUUCGUCGUCUCACCUCUCAGUCGUGGUGAACAGAGCAGAUUCGGAGAGCCCCGUCCCAGACGAGCCCUCGCCGGGCGAAAGCGACGCGCCGGCGCCCGCUGGCCAAAAAGAUGGCGCCUGCUGA